AUGAGGCUGCUGUCGCCUCGGAUUCAGUACUUACAGCGUCCGGCUCGAUGCACGCAGAUCCGCGCCUCGUCACGAUACAGCAACCCAGCCAAGCGGUCCUUUGCAGGUGCACCGGCACAGAGUCCUUCGUUCGCGGAGCCGUCCUUUGCAUCUAUCAGUGGCAGCUCACUGGAGGGUUCAGCUGAAGAUGGAGCUCGUGAGCCUGUGGGCGCCCGUGCGGCGUACGAGGCUUGGGAAGAGAAGAGGCAGUACCACUUGCGAAGGAUGAGAUUCGCAGGAAUGGGAUUGCUCAUGAGCAUUUUUGGUCUGGCUGCAUUGGUCUACAAUCUGGAUCUGGAUGAAAUGGAACAGGCGGAGCAGAAGAGGAAGGGUCAACAGCUGGAUGCCGGCGAGGAUUCGAACAAGCAUUUCCAGGGCAAAGAGGUCGAAAUUAUUGGUGCAGGCGAGGACAAGCGGAUUGUAGCAAGGGAACCUGGUGGUGAGGUUGAGCUGGUUGAGACUGGCACGAGCAGUGUUCCACUAUUCCCCAGGACCAUCUACCUACCCACGUCUCCCGAAUCCGUUCCCAUCGACGCAGCUGGAGCGGUCGAUGCGACGCAGCCGAAUGCUGCAGGCAACCCAGGCAACAUCGAGAACCAAGAGGAGUACACGCUGUUAGGACUUGGGAUUCGAAGUGUCUCAUUCCUCAAUAUCCAGGUCUAUGUCGUGGGCAUGUACGUCCGGACACAGGACAUUAGCGCUCUCCAGGAGAAGUUGAUUCACGUCAUUAACGAGCGCGCAUCAACUUUGAUCCCCUCAGAAAAGGAGGAAUUGAAGAAGCGGCUACUGGACCCACAAGCUAGCAGGGAGAUCUGGGCUGAACUGCUGAAGGUACCGGGCCUGAAGACUGCGUGGCGAAUUGCACCCACCAGGAACACCGACUUUGGCCAUCUUCGAGACGGCUGGAUCACGGGUAUCAACAACCGCAUGAGGGAAGCGAAGCAGAUCGCUCAGGGCGCCGAGACAAAAUACGACUCGGAAGAGUUUGGCAAGGCCAUUGGCGAGUUCAAAGGUAUUUUCAAGGGAGGCAAGGCGCCGAAGGGAUCUGUUAUGAUCCUCUCGCGAGGACCCACUGGCACAUUGGAUAUCUGGUUCCAGGCGAAAUCUGGUGCGAGUGGGCAGAAGUCCAUGCAGAGGCUGGGUUCCGUCAAUGAUGAGCGGAUCAGCAGGUUGAUCUGGAUGGGCUACAUGGCCGGCGACAAGGUCAGCUCUGAGCCAGCGAGGAAGGGCGUUGCCGAGGGAUGUGUGACUUUUGCUGGCCGCCCCAUUGGCAGCGCUGAGAGCAGGGUGGUGUAA